AUGAAUCCUAAUGAAAAGCAAUCGAAUGGAAAUUCAAAGGAGUCCAAAGGACUUUCAAUUGAGUUGAACGGAAAAUCAAAUGAAUCAAAAGGAAAGUCAAACGAAUCAAACGGGGAAUCAAAUGAAAAAUCAGGAUCUUUAGCCUCUUUGGAACUAUCAGAAGAGUCCCUAGGACUUUUGGAUGAGCAGGGACUUUUGUCAGAAUUAGAGAUUUCAGCUGAAUCAACGGGUCUUUCAUCAGAGGCUUCAGAAACUUCGUCAGCGUCACUUGAAUUUCCAUUGGAGGAGUCUGGACUUUUAGAGUCAUUAGAGCUUUCUGGAUCAACGGGUCUUUCAUCAGAGGCUUCGGGAGCUUCGUCAGAUUCACUGGAACUUUCUUCGGAGGAGUAUGGACUUUCAGAGUCAUUAGAGCUUUCAGCUGGAUCAACUGGUCUUUCAUCAGAGGCUUCGGCAGCUUCGUCAGAUUCACUGGAACUUUCUUCGGAGGAGUAUGGACUUUCAGAGUCAUUAGAGCUUUCAGCUGGAUCAACUGGUCUUUCAUCAGAGGCUUCGGCAGCUUCGUCAGCUUCACUGGAACUUCCAUCGCUGGAGUCAGGACUUUCAGAGUCAUUAGAGCUUUCAGCUGGAUCAACUGGUCUUUCAUCAGAGGCUUCGGCAGCUUCGUCAGCUUCACUGGAACUUCCAUCGCUGGAGUCAGGACUUUCAGAGUCAUUAGAGCUUUCAGCUGGAUCAACUGGUCUUUCAUCAGAGGCUUCGGCAGCUUCGUCAGCUUCACUGGAACUUCUAUCGGAAGAGUCUAGACUUUCAGAAUCAUUAGAGCUUUUAGCUGGAUCAACGAGUCAUUCAUCAGAGGGUUCGGGAUCUUCGUCAGAUUCAAUGGAACUUCUAUCGACAGAGUCUAGACUUUCAGAAUCAUUAGAGCUUUUAGCUGGAUCAACGGGUCAUUCAUCAGAGGGUUCGGGAUCUUCGUCAGAUUUAUCGGAAAUUCCGUCUGAAUCUUUGAUGCUUUCUAUCGAAGCUACUGGAAAUUCAAAUGAGACAAUAACAGUACUAUGCAAUUUAAUCUGUAGAAUCGGUUUUGUGUGCAAAAUUGUCAACGGCAAACCAGCAUGUGUUCCAAAAGGCUGCGCAUUAUUACGUUGUCGCCCUGGUUUUAUCUGUAAAUUUGUCAAUGGAUUACCUAAAUGUGUGCCAAUCUUAUGCAAGUUAAUCCGUUGUCCAUUAGGAUUUGUGUGCAAACUUAUCCAUGGGAGACCUCGAUGUGUUCCUAUUUUAUGCAUUUUAAUACGAUGCCGCUUCGGCUUUAUAUGCAUAAUUCUCAAUGGAAAACCAACAUGCAUUCCCAAAUGCAGACAAGAAGUAACUAAAAAACCAACAAGUAAUUUUGAUAUUUUACAAAUAAGCUAG